AUGUUUGUUGAAUUGUUUCAAGAUCUGAACUCCGGGCAACAAGCUGCGAAGUAUCUGUAUGGAACACACCGUGAUGCUCGGGUUUACAGAAGAAAGGCAGUGGAGAACUACACUCAUUUGUGCACCAUCUUUGGCAACUGUCUUGCUAAUGGAUUCAUUACAAGAACUGCUGAUGACACAGUGCAUAGUUUGGCUGCUGAGUUAGGUGUGGAAGCUAUUGAUGCCUCUCCCACAGAGUGUCAGGACAGCAUGAAGGAUCAAGCAAAGAACAUGAGAUGGACAAAUGAAAUGGACCGUUGUCUCAGUAAGAUUCUUGUAAAGCAAAUAAAAUUGGGGAACAAAAGUAAGUCUGAGAAUAAAUUUAAGACUGCAGCGUAUGUUGCAGCAGUUUCAGCUUUAAAUAAAAGGUUUCAGCUUGACUUCACAAAAGACCAUGUCAAGAAUCGAAUUAAAACAUGGAAGAAAUUCUAUGGCAGUGUUAAGGGGCUCCUUGAGCAGGGUGAUUUUAGAUGGGAUGAGACACGAAAGAUGGUCACUGCAGAUGCUUCUGUAUGGCAUAGCUACAUUAAGAAAAAUCCAAACGUGAGGCUUCUUCAAGGACGGGUCAUUGAGAACUAUGAUGAUUUGUGCGUUGUCAUUGGUAAUGAUGACCCAAUUCUAAGUUCUGGAAAUGAUACUGAAACUGACUUGUAUUGUGAUGCUGACAACAGUGUGGAGGCCGAAUUGGCAUAUCAAAAUCAGAGUGAUUGUGCAAAAGAGAAGGGGAAGUGCAGCUUAUGGACUCAUGAGAUGGACCUUUGCUUAACUGAGAAACUUAUUGAGCAAGUGAAGCUGGGGAAUAAGCUUGAGAGGAAUUUUAGGCCAGUGGCAUAUGCAGCUGCUCUUAAUGCUUUAAAUGAAAAUUUCGCACUUGAUUUAACAAUGGACGAAAUUAGGAGGCGUGUAAAAACAUGGAAGAAACUUUAUGGAACGAUAAAGGAGCUCCUUUCCAAUAGAGGAUUUACAUGGGAUGAGAGACAAAAUAUGGUUGUUGCAAAUGACACCACAUGGAAUGAAUACAUCAAGGUACAUUUUGUGUACUGA